UCCACACCUCCGAGGUCCCAAUGGCUGACCAGAUGCAACGCGACCUUACCAAUAUUGAGGAAACUCUCCUUCCAACCGACGAAAUGAUAGAACCCUCUGAAGACUCAUUUGAGACGAUGAUGGAGCGUAAGAAUCCAUCAUCAAAACAAAUGGAGUCCUCUGAGGGCUCAUCCAACACCGCUGUGGAGACCGAGGGCAGCGGAGAGCAGGAGGAGGCGGGGCCAGCCAAGGGCCCAGCCCAGGAAAGCAAGGAGCCCCCCAGUGGCUCUGGCCAGGAAAUAGAAGAGCUGCCUACUGAUCUACUCCAAGACAUGGAGGAGCCAUCCAGUGGCCCAUGUAGGGAAAUAGAGGAUCCACCCAAUGACCUACUCCAAGACAUGGAGGAGUCAUGCAAUGGUUCUCACCAGGCAAUGGAGGGUUCACUCAAUGAAGCAUCUGAUGGGACGGAAGAAACAUUGGUCAACCCAUCGGGAUCCCAGGAAGACCAAGAUGACAAGACUAACCUGGCAUCGGGAGGGACGAGCCUUGAAGAGGAGACCCAGACGGAGGGCCCUUCUGAAGACAUCAGGGCCACGAUGAGGUCCAUCAUCUCACUCUACUUCCAGAUGCAAGACCUCAAUGAACAACAGAGAGUAGCAGAGGAGAUCUUGGUUCAGGGGAUCAAUGCUGGCCAACUGCCCUCCCCGAAGCCCUUCUCCGGUGACCGCAGAGAAUACUACGAGUUCAUCGUGCUCUGCCAGAUGAUCUUGCAAAGCUACCCAACAACAUUCUGCAGCGACCACCUGCGCGUGAAGUAUGUCAUCGACCACCUCACUGGCUUCGCCCUGGAAUGGGCUGAAUCUCUGAUCCAGCAGAGCAGUCCCGUGUUGGAAAACUUCUCAGCCUUCCUGGAGGCCAUGUCAGAAGUGUUUGAGUACAAGUACACACGGCGUGUGGUGGAGGAGGCCAUGUUCAAUAUCAGGCAGGGAAAUCGCACUGCCACUGAGUACAUCACUGAGUUCCAGAGCCUCAUACCCACCUUGGGCUGGCCAGACGAAGUCCUGCAGGCCCACCUGUGCCAGGGGCUCAGUGAGGAAAUCAGGCAUUUUCUGUUCCGGAUUCCUCAGCCGGAUUCCCUGGACAGCCUGAUUGUCCUCAUCCUGCAGAUAGAAGACAAGCUGGAAGAGAGAAGCGCCAUGCUCAGGUUGCCUCCCGAGUCCCGCCCACGCAGCCUGAUGGACUCACCUGCUUCAGAGAAGUGGACGGUGAGCAGCUGGCUGCCCUAUUCAUUCCACCCAGGCAUCAACCGCGCCCAUGUCUUCCUGCUGCUCCUGGUGAGGGUGAAUCCUUACCAUAGCAUUGCGGUCCAAGCUCUGGUGGACUCGGGGUCCGAAGGCAACUUCAUGGAUGAGAAUUUUGCCCAAGAGCACUACGUGGAGCUGUACGAGAAGCCCUACCCGGAGGAGAUCCACACUGUGGACGGCUCUCUGAUCGGCCAGGAACCUGUGUGGCUCUACACCGAACCCCUGGUGUGCAUGCAUCAGAAUCACCAGGAGUCCAUUGAGUUUGACAUCAUACCUUCACCUAACUUCUCUGUGGUCUUGGGUGUCAACUGGCUCAGACUCCACUCCCCCGAUGUCGACUGGAUCCAAGGCCGCUGCACCUUCCACUCUCCCUACUGCCUGAAGAACUGCUUCAGCCCACCCCCACCAUGCAUCGUACUGGAACGACACAGCGUGAGCCUGCUCCCCGGACUGCCGCACCCCUAUUCAGACCUGGCCGACGUGUUUAACCCGAAGGAAGCAGAUGAUGAGACUUCCGACCAGCCAAGCUCAGACGGAUCCGAUGAUCUUUCUGAAUCAGAGCCCUCUGAGCUUCAGCAGGCUGGAGACAGUGAUCACAGCGAGAUCUUUUACGAGUGUCCCUCCACCGUGCCUUGGGAACCUGUGGGUGCCAGGAUGCAAGAGGAAGCCAGGCUGCAGGAAGAGUACUGGGAUCUGCAUGACAUGCUGACUGACAGACAGGACUACAUACAGAUGAUUCCGGAACUGUUUGACCAGUUACACGGAGCAACAUGGUUUACGAGACUGGAGCUGCGGGGGACCAUUGCGGAAGAAGGCGUGAACGGAAGCCGGACAGAAGACACAUGGAGAGCAGCAUUUGGCUUAGAAGUGCAAGACAUGAAGAGCUACCAGCCCUUUACUCUCUCUUCGGACCCUAUCAUACCCCAGAACGUGCUCCACUUCAUCCUGAAGGACAUGCUAGGCUUCUUUGUGCUCUCUUAUGGGCAGGAAGUCCUGAUCUACUCCAUGUGUCAGGAGGAGCACAUCCAGCACGUCCGCCAGGUGCUGGUCCGGUUCAGACACCACCGUGUCUACUGCUCCCUGACCAAGAGCCAGUUCCACCGGCACUGCGGUGAGAUCCUGGGCUUCCGUGUGACCCCCAAAGGGGUGAAGAUAAACAAGGGCGUCAUAGACGUCAUUGUGGGCUACUCUACCCCUAGGUCCCGGAAGGAACUCCAGAGCAUGAUCGAGUUCAUGUUCCCCUACCGCCACUUCGUGGAGCGCUUCGCCAUCAUCGCAGAGCCGCUGGUGCAGCUGCUGCUGAGCUUUGACCGCUUCCACUGGGGGGACGAGGAGGAGGAGGCCCUGGAGUGCCUGAAGAGGGCGUUCCGCAGGGCACCCCUUCUCCACCACCCUAAGCCCCAGAACCCAUUCUACUUGGAGACUGGCAUCUCAACCUCUGCUCUGUACACCUCCCUGAUCCAAGUUGAUGAGCACACUGGCAAGACGGUGACCUGCGCUUUCUACUCCCGAAACCUGUCCCCUAUGGAGGUCGACUACCCUCUAGUGGAGAUGAAGGUCCUUCCAAUCCGGGCUUCCUUCAUGGUGUGGUGCCGCUACCUGGAGAACACCGAGGAGCCCAUCAUGAUCCUUCUCAACACAGAGGAUCUAGCCUCUCUGAAUAAUGACAGGCUCACCGUACUUCUCCCCGGGCAUUGGGUCUUUUUCUUCUCUCAUUUCAAUUUUGAUGUCAUGGACUUGCCAGUGCUGGAUGGCAGCUGGCCCCCGCCAGCCUGGAGAAGCUGCAAUCAGAGAGCCCUCAGGAACAGGGUCGCUCGGCCAAUCCUUUUCUUAGCCACGAGGGGUUGCCUCCCGGAUGAGACAAGCGACUCUGAAUCUGAGGAGAGUGACAACCUGUCCGAGCAGGAUGAGCUCAAUGAGCUGAACCUACAGCAGGAGCUCCUUGCCCUCAUACCCAUCGAUCACAUCUUCAACAGCUUCUUGGCCAACUUCAGCAUGGCCCAGAUCCGGUCGGUCGUGCUGCACUUCUUCCGGGGGCUCCUGCACUGGCAGAGCCUCCUGGCGCCCGCGUCCCUCCUUGUGAUGCUAGACACGAGGCAGCGACCCACGCUGCUGCCCGCCCCUCCCCUGCAGGUGGCCUGGCUGGAGCCGCGGCACUCCCAGCGCCUCCUCCUGGAUCCUACCCUCACCGUGAGCGCUAGCAUGGCUGCCGCCCUCACCCAGCUGUUUGGCCAGAUGCCACCCUUCGUGGGCGCCAACCCUAUCCCACCCCGAGAGCUGGCCGACCUCAUCCUGGGCUCCCAGCGCCGGCAGCAUAACGCCCUGAACCAGCUGCCCCCUCGGGGCCUGCGGUUCAGCCCUGGCUUCUGGCUACUGCUCUGUGAGUUCUUUGGUGUCAGGGCCACGCGCACAGAGCGCGGUGCCCCUGCCCUGUCCCAGCCCCACUACCUGGAACUGCACGUCGUUGGAGAUGAGGAUGUCGUCUUGCGAGAAGCCCUGCAAGACGACCUGCAACGUUACCGUCAGUGUGGCCUGCAUGACGGCCUGCAAGACACCUCGCAGGACGCGCAGGACAACGACGUGCAGGAAGCCCUGUCCCCCUCCGAGGCCCCGCUCCGCCCACGCAGCCUGAUGGACCCUGAAGUCCUCGACAUCCUCAACAGCCGCCUGCUCUAUGUGCCCGGCCCUGAUGGCCGGCUCAGCCUGCUCAGCAGGGAGCAGGUGGCCCAGGCCCUGACUCAGUUCCUCACCGCCAUCUACACGCGAGCAGCACACACCCCGUCCCAGGGAGGGGCAAGCCUGGAAGAGCUGCCUGACCUCGAAGAAGAUGAGGCUGUCGAAGAUGAUGAUACCCUCGACUGA